UAGCUCAGUUUGGCCCCUCCUACCUUGGUGGAGGCAGUGAAUACUGCUGCUGGUGCUCUUAGCAACGGUGCCUCGGCAACAGCCACGGCAACGGAGCACCACGACAACGGAGUGCUGUGUCUCCCCUUAUGGAGCUUCCAUUGGGCGGGCCGGCGCUGAGGCACUACACCCGCAGCAGACCUAGACCACACCGACAAAAUCAACACCUCCGCCCCAGCAGACCAAAGGAAUCGGUGGUUGACAAUGAAAAUGGAGUCCCUGAUCACAUGGGGCGAGUUGAUGAGGGAGUUGAGGAGUUCUUUAAUAAGCGAGUCCUUCCUGUCGACACCGUGAAAACACUGAAUGAGUCUGAGGAAACUCCCAUUACUGAACAGGAAGUGGAAGUAGCGCCUGCUAGCGCCGGCCCUUGCCCCGCCCCUUCCAGAACCCUACGGAGGAAGCUGGGCGAGUUCUUCACCCUUAAAAAGCGGAGGGCUGUGAAAUCAGAGGGAAGCCAAGAGGGGAAGGCCAAGAAGACCUCCAUCGCCGACCUAAUUCGGCCUCUUAGGGAAGCCACCAGAGCUGAAAAAGAUCAAGUGAAGGAGAAUGAAAAAGUGAAAGAGAAGGAGAGUGUGGAUGACAGCUUUGUGACAGGAGAUCCAGUGGAAGCAGAAACCCCUCCUGAUGGUCCCACUCCACUGAGGGGUGAGGCUCCACCCCGUCGUGCGCUAAGAGAGGGGAAGUCACAGUCUCUCAUUCUGCUCUCUGGAUCCGGAGCCAACGCUGGGAACACCAAGAACACUGCACAAGGGAAGUUUCAGAAACCCUCGUCUGAUAGCCAUCAUGGCUUUGAGCAGCGCCUCCAGCUCAUGCUACAACGUAUUGGUGUGUCCAAAGCUCAGCCAGGAGAGACACAGAGUCAGGAGAGAGAGAUGAAAAAAGCUGAAUCAGAGGGCACUAUCAUCGAUAAUAAACCUGAGCCCCCACCCACAUUUAUGAAGCCCCGGACCAUGUCCACCUCAUCAGAUACGAGACGAGCAGUCCGACAGAGUGUGUCCGCACAUGAGUCAGCUGGGAAACCUGCUCUGCCUCCUAAGCCAAUAAUUAAGCGAGGCCCAACCCCAGCUCCCACUAUUUCCGGUCAUCUCACCCCUGAGAAUGACCUAGCCCAAAUACAGGAAGGAGAAGCGUGUUCCCCCACAGACCCCACCCCUAGUAUCACUGAUACCCCUACCAGUUCUAAACCUAUCCCCACUGACACCACUAUUCCCAUCACUGUCCCAGAUCCCACUAACUCUUCUAUUCCCACUGACACCAUCAUUCCCUCCCCUGUCCCAGAUCCCACUAACUCUUCUAUUCCCAUUGACACCAUCAUUCCCUCCCCUGUCCCAGAUCCCACUAACUAUUCUAUUCCCAUUGACACCAUUAUUCCCUCCCCUGUCCCAGAUCCCACUAACUCUUCUAUUCCCAUUGACACCAUCAUUCCCUCCCCUGUCCCAGAUCCCACUAACUAUUCUAUUCCCAUUGACACCAUCAUUCCCUCCCCUGUCCCAGAUCCCACUAACUCUUCUAUUCCCAUUGACACCAUCAUUCCCUCCCCUGUCCCAGAUCCCACUAACUAUUCUAUUCCCAUUGACACCAUCCUUCCCUCCCCUGUCCCAGAUCCCACUAACUCUUCUAUUCCCAUUGACACCAUCAUUCCCUCCCCUGUCCCAGAUCCCACUAACUAUUCUAUUCCCAUUGACACCAUCAUUCCCUCCCCUGUCCCAGAUCCCACUAACUCUUCCAUCCUCGUUUCUACUACCGCUACUUCCUCUAAUUCAACCCCCAAUGACAUCAUCCCCUCUACAAUGUCUGCACCUACCCCUAUCAAUACUACAGCCUCCACCCCCAACACCACCACCUUCAUCCCCAGUACUAACCCUGCCACAACCACUACCAUUACCUCCAUCACAACUACAUCUGGCCCUAUGAAUAUUACAACUUCCACUCCCCCUACUGACAUGAACUUUGGCUCUAUCCCCACUAUUACCCCCACCCCAACUCCCACUGACUCCACCACCCCAACCACCUCUGCGUCGUUCAUCCCUAAUCUAGCCACAAUCACCAUUACAAGCAUUACUGCCCCAACACCUGUUAACCCUAAUACUGAUACCCAUACAUUAACAACCCCCACCACUAAUGCUUCUACCCUUACCCUUACUGAUACUACUGCCUCGACAACUCCAACACUAAAUACUCCCAUCUCCAUAAUUGCUUCUGCUGGCAACAACAUUUCUACUCCCACCCCCACUACCUCUCUGUGUCCCACCCCCACUACCCUAAUUACUAAUUCAGUUACCCCAUCUCCAUCUCCUGCUGCUACUAUAACAACCUCGACCCUUAAUUCUAUGAAUGGUGCUUCCACUCCUACCCAUAUCUCCAUAAACUCCACUGACUCCAACGCUACCCAAACCGGAACUCACAAUACCAGCGCAACUAACUCUGUCAACUUCACUUCUACCUCAAGCCCCACUAACUCUACUAGUCCUAUCCCUACUUGCUCAACUUCCACUAACUGUGCUGCUCACACUGCUACUAUCCCUAGCAGUCCGAUUCCAAUUAUCUCUACUAAUCACUCCCCCACUGUCACUUCUAUCCCCACUGCCACUCACUCAACUAACUCCACCAAUAUUUCCUCCCCCACAUUCUCUUCUACUCACACCACUACUAACACUACUAGUCCCAUCCCAACUAACUCUACUAGCCUGACCACUACCCCCACCCCCAUUAACUCUAGCCCCGUCACCACUAUCUCUACAGGCCGUUCUAAUAUCACCACUGCCACUAACUCUUCUGUCCUCAUCAGUAGCCCCAACCCCACUACCUCUACUACCAACACCCCCACUAACCCUUCAAAUCCCACCAACACCACUAAACCUACUACACACACCACUAUCUCAAUCCCCACUAAUUAUGUUACUCAUAGUCCCACUAACUCUUCUACUCAUAGUCCCACUAACUCUUCCAGUCCAACCUCCACUAACUUUGCUAGCCCUACACCAAUUAAUACUAUUCAACCAUCACCUGAGGAGAGAAUUUGCCUUAAUCCUGCAAUGGGACUGCUGUCCAUGACUAAGGGUACAAAUGACCUGAAUGCUGAGAGGGUAGAGAGGAACAAGGAGACAGAAGAGAAACGUAGCAAGGAAGAAGAUGUCAGGAGGGCCACAGAGAAAGAAAAAGAACAGAAAUCAUUGGCGCACAACAUAGGCAAAACCAUAAAAGAGGAGAAGGAGGAGGGUCUGCAGAAGGUGGAUGAGAUCAUGAGGCAGGGAGUAGAAGAGACCAAAUCAAAUGAAGAAAGAGAGUUGUGUUAAAAGGAUGGGGAUAAAAAGAGGGAAGGAGGGACCAAUGUGUCAGAUGAAAAAGAGUUCAAAACCAAGGAGGUGGUAGAGAGCAAGUCAAACAAGGGACCAACUACUGUGAUAGAGGCAGGGGAGACCACAGUAAAAUAAACGGGGGGACAGUCCAUGGGACUGAGUACAGGGACCACAUCACAGCAGAAAACCGCAGAGGGUGGAACAUCGAACCAAAAAACUGAGACCCCCUCUGUGUGACACAAAUGGACUGACCCAGCAACGUGUACUUUUUUCUCAACCAUGUUUACAUUUGCAUUGCACGUAUUGUAUGAUUAUGUAAUACAUCAACUGUGGUGAAAUAUGUUUACAAUAGAUGGAUAUGAGACACAUAGAAUACUUCUGAUAAUUAAAAUGAAUAUUCAUAA